AGGGGCGUCCACGGUCGGGCCUUCUGGGCGACGCCCCCGCCGAGAGCGCCGGCCUGGCAGCUUCCCGGGUCCCCAUCCUCUCGCCUGUCCCGCGGUUGUCGAGGCCGCCUCCCUGCACCCCGUGUCCCCACAAUACGGGCUGCCCCGAAGCCUGAGCGCCCCCGAGGCGGGAUCUGCUCGGGAACGCCUGCAGCCUCCGGCAGCGACGUCACGGUCGUCGUGCCCUAACCGCCUCCAGCGCCGCUUCGGAACCGGGUGGCCGAGUUUUCUUUCCAGCAGGGUGGAUGGGGAGCAUCGCUGGCUGACAAGCUGGUCAGGUUACAAUACCAGAUGGGCCAAAAUCAUCCUUCCACGAUUAAUCAAGAAAGGGACCGGUUUGGACAGCCCGAUAGCAGUGACCAUUUUCUUCGGUGCCAAUGACAGUGCGCUGAAAGAUGAGAACCCCAAGCAGCACGUCCCCCUGGACGAGUAUGCGGCGAACCUGAAGAGCAUGGUGCGCUACCUGCAGUCCGUGGACGUCCCGGAGCACAGGAUCGUCCUCAUCACGCCGCCCCCGCUCUGCGAGGCGGCCUGGGAGCGGGAGUGCCUCGCGCAAGGCUGCAAACUCAAUCGCCUGAACUCGGUCGUGGGUGAGUACGCGGGCGCCUGCCUGCAAGUGGCCCGGGAAUGUGGGACCGACGUGCUGGACCUGUGGAGCCUGAUGCAGAAGGCCGGCCCGGACUUCUCGGCGUUUCUGUCAGACGGGCUGCACUUGUCCCCGGCGGGAAAUGAGUUUUUGUUCUCCCACCUCUGGCCGCUGAUAGAGAAGAAGGCCUCCCCGCUGCCCCUGCUGCUCCCGGGCUGGCGGGACGUGGCAGAGGCCCAGCCCGAGCUCAGUCUGCUGGGGGACGGGGACCACUAGCCCCGGGAGACCCGCCCUGUGACAAACAUCCCAAGAUCAGUGAUCAGACUUUUGCUCAUGACGUGGGAAUAAAAAACACCAUCUGCCAGCAGCAUUAAUAAAAAAGCAUUAGACUUUAGGAAAGCUUUCGACCUACGUGUGUUGUGUUCUGCAGAAUUCUAUCAAUGGAAACAAGGUGAAGACAAAUUGUUUAAAAAGUCCAUUUUAUAAAAAACGAUUUUCUUACACUGAGGUGGGAACUGUUCACUCACACACAGACACCCACUCACCUAGUCAGAUUCCAAAAGUGUAAUGUGUCACGACUGGUUAGAAGACAGCAAACACCACAAGGUAGGAGUUCAAGUAUUAGUGUAACAGGCAGCUGCACACCAAACGGCCUCAGGAGAAAAGCUGAGUCACAGGUGUGCUUAAUGGCCCUCAGGUCACACGUCCUCUCGCUCAGAGCUUCCCCCCACUGUAAUCGUAAGGCAGUCAAUUCAGUUUGAUGAGUUUAUCCUUCACACAGUAAACGCAGACCUUCCGGAAGCAGACCGCAGGGCACCACGACGGGUCUAAGGAUCAGCCGUGGGGGGAGAAAGCGCCAGGGCUGAGGGGCCGCGUCCCCGCCUGCCCAGCCCCAGGGCUGCCCGAACCCCCUGUUCUCGGGGGAAAAGCAGCUCACGUGCCUCCCGGCGCAGCAGCUCAGACUUCGAGAAGGGCGAGCGCUUUCCCAGCACGGCACCGUGUUAGACAUUUAGGAACAAAAACUGCCCAGCAAGCUGGGACCUUAAACAGUGCGCAGGACUCUAAUUCAAGUCAGCUACUAUUUGUAAGCAAGAUUGUUUAAUUCUAGAAAGCGCCGGCCCUAGAAGGUGAAGGUGGCGAUCACCGCAUCUAGCUCGCAUCCAGCUUGAGGAAGAACGCUCCGGAGGACGCCUUGGAAACCACAGAGAACUCGGUGUCCGUCUCCUGGGUCCUCCCCUGACGGCAGAGGACCUCUGGGUUCCGGGCGCCCUCAGGAGGGACUGCUCAGUGCCCCCUCGGAUCGGUCCGGUGUAGAUACACAACCGAGCCUGUCCUCCCCCGGUGCUGGUAUCGAUAAAAAAGUUAAUUUACAAAAACGUAAAUAUUUGUAACCUAAUCCAGCUGUAUUUUCUGCUUCUGCACCACAGGUUGAAGGAUAUUUUAAAAACCCAAAAAAAAAAAUCUGAAAGCCUCAAAACAAGCUCGACUCCCCUUCCCUGUUCCAAAGGGCACGGGCCUGCGCAUGAGCGGUAUUUAUUGUGUGAGGGAGCGGAACACCCGGCCGCGUCUGCUGUGAGGUCACCUGUCCCCCGAAUCCUCACCACACAGAUGCGGGGACUUCAAGGCCAAGGUCCGGAAGGGCGGCACGCGGGAGGCCCGCCUAGCACUCUGUCUCCUUGCUGCCCACACGCUUCUGGCGCUGCAGCUUGAAGGACGAGGCCUUCUCACUCCUCGUGACGGUCCGGCCCGUGAGGUCCUCGAAGGACUUGGCGGCUGCGCUGCUGUUCGGGAAGGGGUCCUUCUCGAAGCCGUCCUCGUCGGCGUGCGAGUCCGUGCUGGGGUCCUCCUGGAUCGUGUCCAUGCGCUGCGGGUCCAGCUUGGGGGCCGCGGGGGCGGGCGGCGGGGGCUGCGGGCGCCCGGGGGUCUGGGGCGCAGGGAAGGGCUUGAUGAUGCGAACCGAGGCCGAGUCCAUGCUGCUCAGCAUCUCCACGUUCUGCAAAGAAAACGGAGUCAAAGUCAGAUCUGGGUCCUAGAUCUGCAACCUCCCCCCCCCACCCCAGGUGGCCACACGCUAUGGGGACCGUGAUCCCUGCACUAAGGGAAGCACAAGGCGGGACGCCCUCACCUUCCGCAUUCCCGACAACUUGCCAUCUAAGGACCCAAAAGAGAACUUGCAAAUAAUCCUGUCCUGUGCGGAUCCCAGGACAGCUGGCCCCUGGAGACGCUACCCCCGGGCGGGGGCGGGGCAGCCUCGUGUCUAAGUCUCCAUCCCCACCACCGCAUCCUUCCCAGGAGGCUCUGGUGGCUCUCCGCGCACCCGCACGUGACCUCCCCUCACGUGGCACUCACGCUGGGAUGGAACAGGGACAGCGACUCGUACUGCUUAUCCAGCUUUUUAUCCUGGAAGGAAAAUGAACAAUUCCGUUACACGCUUUUCCCUUCGGGCUCCUCCUCGGUGACCUCACUCUGAACGGGAGCGUGGGAGGUGGCAGCAAGUCCAGCAGACGAGAGAGAAUUUCUUCCAUAAACUCGAGGAGUUCGGCCA